CGCAACUGAUGAUGCGAUAUGCUUUUGGUCUCCUCUCUCUUCUUCGUCUACCUCAAUUCUCUAAAGUUUGAGCUUCUACGGCUCCUUUCACAGUAGCGUUAAUCGUGUUGGCAUAAACACCGGUUAAUUGCUAAGUUCAUCGAAAAUUGGGAACUGCAUCCGCAUUCAGAACGACGAAAUGGGAUCUGAAGGGCCAAAGGCCAUCACUAUUCAUGUAACCGGAUUUAAAAAGUUUCAAGGUGUUGCUGAUAAUCCAACAGAGACCAUUGUUAAUAAAUUGAAGGAUUAUGUAGAAAAGAGAGGUCUUCCUGCAGGAGUUACGCUUGGGAGCUGCACUGUGCUUGAGGCGGCUGGGGAAGGUGAACUUCCACAGCUUAACCAGACAUUGGAAUCUGGUAUUUCAAAAGAUGCUGCAAGCAAUGCACAUAUUGUGUGGCUUCACUUGGGGGUGAAUAGUGGGGCUCUGAAGUUUGCCAUUGAGCGGCAGGCAGUAAAUGAAGCCACUUUCCGCUGCCCAGAUGAGUUAGGCUGGCAACCUCAGCAAGUCCCAAUUGUGCCUGAAGAUGGAGGAAUUUCCCGAACAAGAGAGACCUCUAUGCCUGUUGAGGCAAUCUUCAAAUUCUUGAAGAAGGAGGCUUUUGAUGUGAUUAUAUCAGAUGAUGCGGGACGCUUCGUCUGCAACUAUGUUUACUACAACUCCCUCCGAUUUGCAGAACAACACGGUAACAAGUCUCUAUUUGUCCAUGUCCCCCUCUUUUCAAGAAUCGAUGAAGAAACCCAGAUGCGAUUCACUGCCUCUCUUUUGGAUGCCAUCGCUUCUGCGUUAUAAUUUUAUUAAUUUGAUUGAUAUUUAUAAGGAUUAUCAUGUCGUCUUGUGCUUGUCCAUCCAUCUGUAUCAGCAAUAUCAAUAUCAAUGAAAUUGUAAAAUAAUAUACAAAUGAACCAGGGAAUCGCUGCUGUGUUUUUUCGAGUGAGAUGCAUUGUUGUGCUUACCAUUCAAAGCAAAUCAUUGAUGUUCCAAGACUUGAA